AUGGAUCUGGUCUUAACUAUUGGCUCUGUUGUUGUAGCCAUUGUAGCAAUUGUUACAAUCCGGUAUGUUUAUGCAUGGAGCAAUCCCAAAUGCAAUGGAAUUCUCCCUCCUGGUUCUAUGGGCUUUCCAUUCAUCGGUGAAACUCUUCAGUUAAAUUUACCUUCUCCGUCUAUUGACCUUCACGCAUUUUUUGCCAAAAGAUUCAAAAGGUACGGCCCAAUUUUCCGAACAAAUAUAGCCGGCCGGCCGGUCAUCGUCACGGCAGAUCCUGAAUUUAAUCACUUUCUCCUCCGCCAAGAUGGUAAGCUCGUCGUUGCAUGGGGAAUGGACACAUUUGCCAAGAUAUUCCAACAAGCAAAGCAGUUUUCCUCCCAAAAGUACCACAGGAGUUUGAUCUUGAGUAACUUCGGGGUAGAGUCCCUGAAAGAAAAGUUGCUCCCUCAAAUGGAAGACAUGGCGAGCAAAACCCUUGUUAAAUGGUCGAAUCAAGAAUCAGUUGAAGUACAACAUGCAGCCACGCAAAUGACAGUCAAUUUUGGCGCGCGAUGGCUGUUUGGUAGUGAUUAUGAAGGUGCCCCGUUGGAUGCGACUCAAAUGUACAUGGACUUGCCAGAAGGACAAAUGUGCUUUCCCUUGAACUUUCCGGGUACUACAUAUCACAAAUGUUUGCAGAAUCACGAGAAGUUGAGAGGGUGGUUGAAAGGUGUUGUGGAAAAGCGGCUUGCAUCACCCAACAGGGGCCAUGGAAACUUGCUUGACCAACUCAUCCAAGACAUCCGAACCGAGACAAACGACAAAGAAGAUGCUAUUGCUCAAUUAUUGUUUGGUUUUUCAUUUGCUAUCUCCUCUUCAACAGCAUCAACAUUAGCAUUAGCUAUGAAGCUACUCUUUGAACAUCCAACAACUUUGGAGGAAUUAACGGCAGAACAUGAAGCAAUCCUUAAGAAGCGGGAUAAUCUAGAUACUCCAUUAACAUGGAGUGAAUUCAAGUCCAUGACAUUUACUAUUCAAGUUAUCAAUGAAGUCCUUAGGUUGGGAAACAUUUCUCCGGGACUAUUUCGUCGAGCCAUAAAAGAUAUCCCUAUCAACGGGUAUACUAUUCCACAAGGAUGGGGAAUUAUACUUGCUUCUUCAGGUCUGCAUUUGAACCCUACUCACUUUGAAGACAGCCUUUCAUUCAAUCCAGGGCGUUGGAAGGACAUCAAUCCAGAAGUGGUAUCAAAAUGUUUUAUGCCAUUCGGAUCGAGAAUGAAGCAAUGCCCGGGAGCAGAUUACGCCAAGGCAUUCCUGGCCGCUUUCUUACAUGUUUUGGUUACGAAAUACAGAUGGAAGAUGAUCAAGGGUGGAAAAAUCGUGCGAUCCCCGAUUAUAAAUUUCCCAGAUGGAUUUCACUUUAAGAUCUUCAAAAAGAAAACUUAA